GGGGAUGGUUAUAUAAGCCGGAGCUGCGAGGAAAGCGACGGAGAGGAGGACCGGCGAGCGGGCGCCAGGUGUGGUUUAACAAUGGCCACGACACAAUCUGUCUUCAUAUUUGCCCUCUGUAUUUUAAUGAUAACAGAAUUAAUACUGGCUGCAGAGAAUUAUUAUGACAUCCUUGGUGUUCCCAAAAAUGCAUCUGAUCGCCAGAUUAAGAAGGCAUUUCAUAAACUAGCAAUGAAGUAUCAUCCAGACAAAAAUAAGAGUCCUGGAGCUGAAGCAAAGUUCCGGCAAAUUGCAGAAGCCUAUGAAACAUUGUCAGAUGAAAAUAAACGAAGAGAGUAUGACCAGUUUGGCCAUGGAAGAAGUAAUGGAAACACUUUCCAGCAGCCAUUUAACUUCAAUUUUGAUGACUUGUUUAAAGACUUUGAUUUCUUUGGCCAAAACCACAAUGCACAAGCAAAGAAACACUUCGGGAAUGACUUUCACAGCACUCAGCAGGCACACAGCAGGCAAAGACGUUCUUUCCAAGAAUUUUCCUUUGGGGGUGGACUGUUUGAUGACAUGUUUGAAGACAUGGAAAAAAUGUUUUCCUUCAGUGGAUUUGACAGCACACAUAGGCAAACAGUGCGAACAGGAAACAAAUUCCACGGAUCUAGUAAGCACUGCAGAACUGUCACCCAGCGUCGAGGAAACAUGGUUACUACAUAUACGGACUGUUCUGGACAAUAAUACUUUACAGUUCUUGUUUAAUUACUUUUUUGUCCUUUGCUGAUAAAGCACAGAGGAUCUUCUGUGAACUGUGUGAGAUUUAUAGUUGAAUCAAAAUAAUAUUGCUGCUGCAAAGAAGCUGUAGCUAAACCGAUAACUUGUGCCAGAAAUGCAGCAAAGGCAGAGUGGAGGAAUUAUUCCAUUAACUAUAUAUAGAACUUGCAUGUGGGGGGAAGUCUCCAUAUGACAGUGUUAGAUUCUAUUUUUAAUAACAUAGAAACAGGUUACCAGAUUACCUCAAUAUUAUGCUUAUACUUUACACUUGGCAAAGAAUGUUAGUGGUCCACUAGACAUUAUUGUUCUCAGACUCCUGUUUCUAUACAGUGUUUCUUAGGGACUGCUCACGUUUUUGAUUAGCACAGCAUUUACCUGCUGUAAAUUUGUGUGUUGCCAGUAAUGACUUAAAAUACAGAAGUGAACAUUAAAAUUUGACCCAA